AUGGCCUUUCUGGCUCUGCAAUCCGGCCGCUCAUCCACAUAUGCUGAAGUGAAGACAGAAAGAGCCACGCAAGCCCCAGCACAUCGCUUCAGGGGAUGCCGACCACAACAUGGAAAAACGAUUCGAGGGAACGAGACCUGCCGGCCUCUGCGUCCCGUGGGUGCCCCAAGGCGGCGGCAACAGCUGCCAGGCCCCAGCAGGGCACAUGGUCCUGCAGCUGUAACACAGGAAAAUUGUAGCCUGAGUGAAGAACCAGAAGGAAACCUCUUGAGUUGCAGUACAUGCAAAAGACCAUAUGAACAGUCUACAAAUGAAGAACACAUUGCAAAGCGUGUAAAACAUGAUGAGGUAUACUCAGUGCCAACAGUCAGUGAAGAUAAAUUUUCGUAUAUGGGUGACUUUGCAGUUGUUUAUACAGAUGGUUGUUGCUCAGGUAAUGGACGUAAUAGAGCACGGGCUGGAAUAGGUGUCUACUGGGGACCAGGCCACCCUUUAAAUACGAGUGAAAGACUUCCUGGACGGCAGACUAAUCAAAGAGCUGAAAUACAUGCAGCCUGCAAAGCAAUUGAACAAGCAAAGAGUCAAAACAUCAAGAAACUGAUUAUCUACACCGAUAGCAAGUUCACUAUUAAUGGUAUUACAAGCUGGGUUGACAACUGGAAAACAAAUGGCUGGAGAACAAGUUCAGGAGGAAGUGUAAUAAAUAAAGAAGAUUUUGAAAGACUUGAUAAUCUAUCAAAAGGCAUAGAAAUUCAGUGGAUGCAUAUUCCUGGUCAUGCUGGCUUCCAGGGAAAUGAAGAAGCUGAUAGACUGGCAAGAGAAGGAGCUAGUAAAUAGAUGUCCUCACGUACUGGGACUAGAGACUGUUGCAGUGGGAGGAAAAGUAGUAACAUAACAUCACAGUGACAACUCAAACUGCUGUAAUUGUUUUGGAGUUGAACUUUGAACUGUACUUCUUUCUGGCUUGAAGUGUUAAAUAUAUACCAACUUCUGGGGAAAAAAAAAAA